AUGAAAUAUUUCACUGUUGCCUUUCUAAUUGCUGGCCUGAUGGUGGCCACCAUCUCCGCCCAGGAGAAAUAUACCACCAAAUAUGACAACAUUAAUGUCGAUGAAAUCCUUGCCUCCGAUCGCCUUUUAAAUAAUUAUUUCAAUUGCUUAAUGGAACGGGGUAGCUGUACUCCCGAUGCCCAAGAGCUGAAGAGAGCCAUCCCCGAUGCCUUGAAAACCGAGUGCAGUAAAUGCAGCGAAAAGCAAAAGAAAAUUAUCGAUAAAGUUAUCCAUUUCCUGAUUGAAAAGAAACCCGAACACUGGAAGGAAUUGCAGGCUAAAUAUGAUCCCGACAAUAUCUAUUAUAAUAAAUAUAAGAAUCAUCUUUAA